AUGGCAUCUAGUUCUUCAUCUACACCAACCCCAGAGAUUUCUCAUGCUUUACUGCCAAUUUUCAAAGGAGAAGGAUAUGAACACUGGAGUUUUAGGAUGAAGACUUUUUUCAGAUCCCAGAGGCUGUGGAAAAUUGUAGAAGAGGGUUUUAGUGAAGAGAAGAAGCCAACUGAGAAAGAGAUGGAAGAUGAUGCAAAGGCUUUUUUCUUGUUGCAACAAGCAGUUGAUGAAUCAAUUCUUCACAGGUUGGUGAGGUUUGAGACAGCAAAAGGAGCUUGGGAUCAUUUAAAGGAAGAAAAUCAAGGGACUUCUCGGAUGGUUUCAGUAAGACAGCAAACAUUGAGGCAAAGAUUUGAUUUACUUCAGAUGAGGGAAGAUGAAUCAAUUCAACAUUAUAUUACAAGUGUUUUGGCAGUGGUGAAUCAAAUUAGAGGUAUGGGAAGUGAAUUAAAGGAAGUUGAUGUAGUUUUAAAGGUUAUGAGGAGUCUAUCUACAAGGUUUGUGCAUGCUGUGACCUCUAUUGAAGAAGCUAGAGAUUUGAAGACAAUGACUUUGGAUGAAUUGAGUGGGUCUUUACAAGCUCAUGAAGCAAGAUUUAAUCAGAUUUCUGAGAAACAUGAGGCUUUUGUAGUUCAAGAUAAUUCAAGAGGUGGUAGAAUGAGAGGAAGGGGAAGACCUUUCAGAGGUAGAGGAAGAUUUGAAGAUAAUUCUAGAGGAAGAGGUGUUCAAAGGCAGGUUGUGCAACAACAAAGGCAGCAAUUUGCUACUGAUAAUAAUACAUGGCAGAGAGGCAGAACUGGUUCAAGGCCAUUUGGAAGAUUUUCAAGAGGCCAAAGGCAGUUUGGUGGACAGAGAUUCAGUAAAGGAGGUUUACAGAAUAUUCAGUGUUUUAACUGCAAGAGGUAUGGGCACACACAGGCUCAUUGUUGGUCGCAAAACAGGAAUUUUGAAAAGGGUUCUAGUUCUAAUUCUCAAGAUGAUGCAAGUACUAAUGAAUAUGGAAGUUUGUUCCUUGUUCAUGGAGGUGAUGAUAGAGUUAUUUCUUCACUUUGGUUGCUGGAUAGCGGAUGCUCAAAUCAUAUGACAGGUGAUAAAAAUUUAUUUCACAGUUUAGAUGAAUCAGUGAAGCACACAGUGAAAUUGGGCAAUGAUAGAGAUGUUGAGGUGUUAGGAAAAAGGAUCGGCCUCAGUUAUGAUGCAAGGAGUUAA